AUGGACGGCUGUUUGAAAGCGCCGCUGUUUCAUCUAGCGACAAUGCGCGGACCUCCUGACAUCCACGGUCAGAGUACCACGGUCAAUUGGCCCUGCUUUUGCAUUCCCAAUUGCUGCGCACGUUCUCUGAGUCGCCGUCGUGAGUUGUUCGCAAUUGUGCCUGGAUCGAGCGCGACUCGUAAUCUAUUUGAAGAGCUCCCAUUUCGUCUGUCUGUUGUGCUGCAGUUCUCACGAUAUCAGGCACGAUACAACGCAAUCACUUCCAUUUAUUUUUGCUUGCCACAAAGGGCUGGUAAAGGGCGCACGUCGCAUGCACAUUGUGACAGACGGGGGUCGGCAUCGCGCUUGAAAAUUCCGCCUAUCUCGGUGCAAGGAGGACACUCUAUUGCCUUUACGGGUGCCGCAGUUGCUGCAAUGGCUGCCGCGAAUGCGAAGAGCGUGACGAUGGAUCGCAGGAGUGUUGACUGCAUGUUUGCUUGUUCAAGACAGCUGCAGGAUAGAAACUCUUCAUCUUCAUGUUUGGUAUUCAAAGUCGCGGCUGAGCACUCUGAAACUUCUGGAGGAUUCAAGGAACGCAAUACGUAUUGCAUUCUAGAAGGUCGCCGCCCUCGUCGCAACUGCUUUCUCAUGACUAUUUGGCAUACAUAUCUGAAGAACGUGUCAGCUUUUCGAAUGACAAUGUGUUACACUUCGUUGACCCACAUACGUACUGGACGACCUCAAGCGAGAGAAUUCCGCUAUAGAGGGCAAAUGCACCCAGGGUUACGCUUCAUGUACUCAACUGCCUCGGCAUCUCGUUUAGCAGUUUGGAUCGGAGUAAGCGUCAGCGUCGGACAUGUGCACUCGGUUAUCGUGUGUACAGGAGGAAGUGGAGCGAUCGCGGCGUUUGCGAAAGCGACGACGGCAAGAAUGGAGAGAACGGAGGACAGCGCGAAACGCAUUUCGAACAGGCUCAAGGAAAAGUUUGCUGAUACUAGUGGAUUGCCCAAUUAUAAUGUUGGUUUUAUAUUACCGCCGCUGUUUAGCAGUCUUCAAUGGCGCUCAAACUUCGGUGGAUUCACACUCCGGACCAUCCAUUACUAGUGAAACGGGACUUUCGACGGACAACAGUUCUCUUAUUUCGUAUCCAAAUUAUGCUCAGGUACAGAACUACAGGAGUUCAGCUGUGUUGCUUAUUUAUUUCGCGGGAACGUCGUGGAUACAAAUACGGGACCAAAUUAUCAAUCCAAUUUC